AUGGCUGCAACAACCACAGUCACACGGUCUUUGCCCGCGCUGCCGGAGGGCUGGUCCGCCGACAAGGACUUCAAGCCCAUCACCAAGAUCACUGCCUCGUCGCAGCGAACCAUCGAACCCGUCGGACCUCACUUCCUCGCCCAUGCCCGCCGUGCUAGACACAAGCGCACAUUCUCCGAGGAUGACCGCAUCCAGGCGCAGGAGUCCGCCAAGAAGAUCGAGAAGGAUGACGAGAGCGAUGAGAGCGAGCCCGAGGACCCCAUGAUGCUGCAGCGCGAGGCCAAGGAUUGGAAGUCCCAAGAUCACUACCAAGUUCUGGGUAUAACCAAGUACCGCUGGAAGGCCACCGAGGACCAGAUCAAGCGCGCCCACCGCAAGAAGGUCCUGAAGCAUCACCCCGACAAGAAGGCGGCUCAAGGCAGCAGUGAGGAUGACAGCUUCUUCAAGUGCAUUCAGAAGGCUACCGAAGUCCUGCUCGACCCCGUUAAGCGACGACAGUUUGACUCGAUCGACGAGAAGGCUGACGUCGAGCCUCCGUCCAAGAAGGAGAGUGGCAAGAACUUCUACAAGCUCUGGAGCAGGGUCUUCAAGGCCGAAUCCCGCUUCUCCAAGCAACAGCCCGUGCCUAUGUUCGGCGACGCCAACUCGACAAAGGAGGAAGUCGACAAUUUCUACAACUUCUGGUACAACUUCGACUCGUGGCGUACGUUUGAGUACCUGGACGAGGAUGUACCCGACGACAACGAGAACCGUGGCCAGAAGCGCCACAUGGAGCGCAAGAACGCCAACGCACGCAGCAAGAAGAAGGCCGAGGACAAUGCGCGUCUGAGAAAGAUGCUGGAUGACUGUUCGGCUGCCGACGAGCGCAUCAAGCGCUUCAGACAGGAGGCCAACGCCGCCAAGAAUAAGAAGAAGAACGACAAGGAGGCUGCUGAGAAGAAGGCCAAGGAGGAUGCUAGGCUGAAGAAGGAAGCCGAGGAAAAGGCGGCAAAGGAGGCCGAGGAAAAGGCCAAGGUCGACCGCGAGGCCAACAAGAAGGCGAAAGAAGCCGCCAAGACAGCCGUCAAGAAGAACAAGCGUAUCCUCAAGGGCUCUGUCAAGGAUGCAAACUACUUCGCUAGUGGUGAUGCCACUGCCGCGCAGGUCGAUGCCGUCUUGAACGAUGUUGACUUGAUCCAAGGCAAGAUCGACCCGGAUGAGAUUGCUGCUCUGGCUGGCAAGCUCAACGGCCUCAAGGUCGCGGACGAGAUCAAGGGAGUGUGGAGUGGAGAGGUUAAGCGUCUUGUCGGCGCUGGCAAGCUGAAGGACGGCGAGGCGAAGUCUUUGGUGUGA